AUGAUGAGGAUGAAGUCGCUUGCCCACAAAUCAUGCUGGCAGCGCUCAGGAAUAGAGCUGGUUGGCUCUCCCUUGACAGCAAUGUACACUCAUCAAAGAUCAAGCCCUACCAGGUUCCUACCUGCCAUCAGCACCAUGGCUUCAAGGUGUAAGAACUGUUUUCCUUACAAUCCCUUGCCUCAGAGCUUCAGCCUCCUCUGGAUGUCCCACACCUACUAUCAAGCAGCUGCCAUCAACCCAGCUUUGGCUCCCUUUUCCAAAAGCUCCCAGGGGUUAGCUCCCAGCAAAGUGCUGCUUUUGAUUUCUGACAGAGCAGCCCUCUUCACCCGGUACACCCCCGAUGACUGGUACAGCUCCAACCUGACCAACAACAAAGAGUUGGAGACUUCCUGGCACAGUGCAGAGCAUCUGAGAGUUGAAACCUCCCACAUGAUUCAGAAUAAAUAUCAGCAAACAAAGAAAACCCAAGCAAAAAGCACCAGAAACCUGGGAGAAUGUGUCAGAUUUUGGAAGUCAGAACUGUGCCAUGAGCUGGAUGAAAUGACUGGGGAGAGCAACACACUCACAGACAUGAAGAACCAACUGGAGAGAGCCCUGGCUGUGCUGGAGGCCCCUCUCCAGGUCACUUGGGAGUGCUUGCAUCACCGGGAGAAGAGGAUGGGCAUCAACCUAGUCCAUGAUAACAUGGAGAAACAGCUCUUCACAGAAGUGGAUGUCAUUGGGUCCAGCCAGGAGAGGAUGCAGUGGUGCCUGGAUAGGGUGGCAGCCCAGCUAGGGUCCAACAGAGCAGCCCAGCAUGAGCUGGAGAGCAGCCUGGCCCACAGGCAGAUGGCCCACUGCAUCGUCAAGUGCCAUCACCCAAGGAACACCUCUGAUGGCAUCGGCUACGGCCAAGGGGUGGAGCAGGUUGAAUGCAUGCCAGGCAGCAUGCAAGUGCCGAGCUGUCCCUGGGAUGCAUGGUGCAUCUCCCUGGCAAGGAGCUGGUUUUCCCCAGCUCACUGUAGAGGCAUAUGUCUCUGCACGGCACAUCCAUCCCACCUGGAGACACUCACCUUGGAGUGGCCAUUUCUCACCAUAAAGAAAGAACAACCCCCUGCUAUCAGCUGGAUACUGAAUGUCCAGCAGGUGCAAGCAGCUCCCACCUAAUGAAACAUUCUAUCUGGGUUCAGAGAUCAGCCUGAAAACAAAUUCAGUCCAGCACCUCUGCACAGCUCAUUAAGUUAAUGCCCAUUUCGAAAGAUGUGUCAGUGCUUGGCUGAGUGCUCUUCAUUGACGUAAAGUUGUCAGGGGGGGUUCACCCCUGUGUAGAGAUGACCUGGCAGGGAGCUGAAAUGACAUAGAAGAUAAACAAAUAGAGAGCAUGGUUCUGGGAUAGAGUUCAGCUGCUUUUGGGUGCCAGGAAUUCGGCUUUGGCUCUGCAGUAAAUGAGCAGUGACCUAAACCAGCACUCGCAGAGGUAUGCCCUCAGUGGCAAAGGGCUGUGGGAAUAAAUCUGCUGCUCACACAGGUGCAUGCAGUUGAUGGAGGGGUGUAGAUUGUUUCAAUUUUUCUAAUGUUUUAAUAAUUAUUCACAGUAGAACUCAGACAUAUUUAGACAGGCAGAUGAAUUGCAAAUGAUUGGUGCUAUAAUUCAGAGACAGGUAAAGUGUUCCAAGAAUCAGUGUGUUUUAAAUGACUUACGUGGUAUUUAAGUCUCUUGUUGACCUUGUUCUGGACUGCUGCACAGGCAUGAACUUCAGCUUGAAUGCACAGCCAGGGAAUCAAGCGUUAUCUAAUGCUCACUCAGUUUAGUAUGAAACUGAGGUAAAUUAUAAGCAAAACCAAUUGACUACAAUCUGCGCGCUGUUGUGAAGCUGGGAAUCACUUGGCAUUUAAGUGCCUCAAAUGUAAACAUGAGGUCUGAUUGAAACACCUGGGUUUUGGGGACAAUGGUUUGUUUGUCUGAGCUUUCACAAGUAUCACUGUUGUCUUCAUGACCAUGUUAUCAUUUGGUAAGUAUUAAUGAACAAAGGGUAUCCAGAGGUUUCACUUUCAUGCAUCUUCUGGUAGUUCAGAAAUGCUGUCUGCCCUGUGGAAAGUCUCUGCUGGGGGGCAUGCCACGGGGGUCACAGGCUUGCUUCUCCUCGAAGGACAUGCUUUCAGCCUCAGUGCUUUGUGCUUGCUGCAUGAUUAUCCUUGCGUUUCCUGCAUUGCUCUGCCAAGCAGAGGGAGUGCAGACCAUUGAUGGACCCUGGCUUGCAGCGGUGGGUCUUAUGGAAAGCUUUCCUGAAAAGUGCUUGACACAGCAGUGAUUAACUGAGCAGAGAUGGGCUUGCAGCACCUUAUAUAGAUUUUACUUCAAAAACAGGUUCAUCAAGUGGCAACUUGAAUUAUUACUUAAUUGCUUUGAUUAUGAGCAACAUAACAGCUGUAACAGAAUUACAGCCUUUUCAAGGAAGUGAGCCAUCUUGGAGAACAGGAAGAACAUCAAGUACAGCUGCUACACUGUCAGAAAGGAAGUAGCAUGCAUGCAAAAAUACUGCUGGAUAGUCAGCAAGCCACCAGAGCUCAAAGAAGCUCUCUCAGGGGUCUCUAAAGCAUGGAUACAGUCACACAACAUUGUGCUCAGCCACCUCCUUGGGCCAUAACGAGCAGUUUUAGGGGGUGUCCCUAGCUGUGACUAGCAGAGGUGGGCUGGUCAAACAAGAAAAUCUCACGUGUGACAUUAAAAUAAAAUGGUCUGUAGAAGAAUCA